UUCCUUUUGUAAAACCGCGCAGAGAGCAGACGCCAAAGGAUGACAUCUCUGCUCUGACACUGUGACAGUUCUUUAAAUGUGUCAAAUAUUAUUGUGUGACAAGAGUUGGACUGACUGAAUGGAUUUAAUCAUUCGUGGAACACCAACACCAAGACAAGAGGGCAGAGGAGGCUCCCAACAAGGCAAGUUGGCCUCUCCUAAGAAUCUUUCUUCAGCCACUAACAAACAAAGAGAUCCUGGGAACUUUUCUUCUCCAAAUUACAGCACCCCUGAUGCACCACGGAAAGGGCCAAAACCUGUCGUUCAUCGCACCUUUCCUUCUUCUAACAAUUCUAAUAACAAGACAUGUGUGAUCACACAAGCCAAGCUAGACAAAAUUAAGAAUCUUACGCCGAGACCUCGUUCCAGGAUGCAGUACCCCAAACCAGAUGGGAUGCCUUCCCUUGAUCUGGGUCGACUUAGAGAUCAAGAUGACAAUCUUACAAACCCAGUCGCCAAGAAUGAUGAGAAGCUCGACCCUCCAGACACUGCGAGUACUGUCAGUUGGGGUUACCAUGACUACAGCCCAGCUGCGAGAAAUCCAGCAAUGAAUUCCCCAUUUGCACUGCAUCAUACACCUUCAGCAGGCAGACAGAGUAACCGAUCACAGAGACCCGAUAGUGUGCCACGCCUUAAUCUAGCAGGAAAACAAAAGUCUGCAUGGACUGAGCCUGCUGUGCCAGAAAAUAUACCUCCUCCCUCUGACAGGCAAAAGCAGCAGUACAAACAGUAUGAACAGGACAAGAAAGAUCAGAUGAAACAGUGGUCCCAGAGGGGAGGCCAACAGAAGAAGCAACUGAAAGCACCAUACAGAACAGACAUUGACAUUGAGGAGGAUCCUGUGGAGGAUGCAAGAAAUCCAUUACAGAAGAAAAUGGACGCAGAGACGAUUGCAGCUGAAAGGCGUAGACAGGAGAUUGAGCAGACUGUCUUAAUAGAUCAACUGUCAAGGGCAGUUAUUUGUGAUCCUGAACAAAACCAGAGGUGUGAAACUCCAUUGUCUGGACACACAACUCCGUACGGCCAAUCAAGACCCAAGACUAGAGCCUUGCAUGAAUCAAAAGUAAGGACAAGUGGAACAGUGACUGAGAACUUACUUGAGAAGCGUCUAACAUUCAAUGCUCGAAUCAUUACAAGGAGUGGCCAUGAUGCACUGAGAGAGCUUUGUGGCUUCUAUUUUGACCUGGAUAGUACCAUGACUGUAUACGAGUAUCGCAAUUUUGGCUCAAAAUCCAAGGCUCUACCAUUUAUCCAGAAGGGGAAGUACUGUCAUAUGACUGGUAGAAGGAAAGGCAGGUUGUACACCGUGCAGGAUAUAUCAGCGGGGGCUAACUUGACAUUUGAGAGUCGAGAUCAUCCUUCACUGUCUAGCGCCUUAAGGGCUUCUCCCAUACUCCUUGUUAGGAUUACUCAUGUUGAUGAGAAUGCCAAAGAAAAACUCAUAUUUAGCAAUGGGCGGAUACCUUACGAUCCAGAGGAGUAUCAUGCUAAGAUGGAUCCACCAAUCACAAAGCAGGAAGCUAUAGAUCAAAAACUCAUUACUAAAGUACAAGAGUCAGUCAGAGCCCAACUACGCAAGAGAGCAUGUAAGACAUUAACUGGACUUGGGCGUCACUUCAGACAGAUGGAUAUCUCUGGUGAUGGUGUGUUAAGCAAAGAAGAACUACGACACGCGCUGGAUACGUACCACAUUAAAGUGGACCCUAAUUUGUUUGAGACGCUGUGGCUCGUGUUGGAUCAGAAUGAAGACCAAUCCAUAGACUAUGGUGAAUUCCAUCGAGCUUUCCUGGGAGAAAUGAACGAAAGGAGAAAAACAUAUGUUAGAAAGGCGUUUCAGAAAAUCGAUGCCAAUAAGUCUGGAACAGUGAGUAAGGAUGAGUUGAAGAAGUUUUUCAAUGUGCAGAAACAUCCGCAUGUUCUCCAAGGUCUUGUGACUGCUGUAGAAAUAAUGGACGACUUCCUUGAGUUAUUUGACGGUCGCAGAAAGGAAAUAAGCUACGGAGAGUUUGAAGAUUACUAUGAAGGUGUUAGCCUAGCUACAAGCAACGAUGAUGACUUCUGUAAUAUGAUGUCAGCUUGUUGGACUAUAUAAGUAAAGUGUGUGGACAAAGAUGGCUAGGAGUCAAAUACAUACAUUCGAUCUACCUUGUUUAAAAAUUGUUUAUUUAUAAAUUGUUUAUUUAUUUAAAAAUUUCAUCGCAGCAUAACGCUGAAUUGCGACAUAAUUUACAAUCGUUACAAAUAUCAUAAUGAUGAUGUGGGUAGGAAACAAAAAAGUAAAUUCCUUGUACUUUGUAGUUGGCAGGAGCCAAAUACUUACAUUGCUUAUUGAGCAAUUCACUGCUUUAUGACAUCAAGAGAAACCAACUGAAACGUCUACAAAACAUCGCUGCCAGUAAAUAUUCCUGCAUCACUCCUGUAUUACAGGAUCUCCACUGGCUGCCAAUAUCACACAGGAUUCAGUACAAACUUGCUCUAUUCAUUUUCCAAAUCCUUCACAACAAUGCUCCAAAAUACCUCAUCAACCUCAUCCACCCAUACACCUCAGCACACACCGGACUGCGUUCUAGUGAGCUCAUGAUACUUCAUCAGCCCAGAACUUCCACUCUUUGGGGCAACAGAUCCUUUUCUGUAGCAUCAGCCCGGUGUGGAACCAACUCCCACUGACUGUCAAAUCAUCUACAUCCAUCACAACAUUCAAGACAAACUUAAAAUCUCACCUGUUCAAACAAGCAUACUCACACAAUCCUCAGUCCUAACUUGUCUUUCUCUCCUCAAGCACCUUCUCUAGACGGAUACCAGUGCUAUACUAUAAGUGUUCUAUAUUAUUAUUAUACAUUGAAUUUGGCAGGAAACAAAGAAAGUGCAUUCCUUAAACCUUGAAGUAGACAGGAACCAAUUGUACAUUUCUUGUACCUACUCUUAAAACCCCAAACAGGGGUGUGAUAUUUUUAGGGUUUUGAAACCAAACAAGUUUGAUACAAGACCUUCUUUCAGUCAAUCUUCGAUACAAAUUUUAACCAUUUGCUUUUGAGGGUUAAUUUAAGAGAAGUCUUGUCACUCAACACAUUUAAGAAUCUUAAUUUUUUGUUUCCUUCAAAAACCUGUAUGAAUUUGGUCUCAAAUUACCUUUAGGAUGAAACUAAUUUCUUUCUCUGUAUUAAUUAUUCUUACUCAAGUUGAAGUGUCGGGUCUUAUGGUCCAAUUUAGUUGCAGAUUUUCAGACUGUUAGAUCUAAUCUAAAUUGUAUGACAUCUUUGGUAUUCAUUUUGGUAUUUAUUGGCAAUCAAGUGCAAAAAUGUCAGUUCCACAUUAUUUGAUGUUUUCUGGUGAUACAUCUGGCAUUCUUCAAUGUUUUUUAAAGUUUUUUUAGUUAAAUUUGUUUUGAAUCAAAGGGCGCAGGUUAUCUUUUAGUCAUUCUGUUAGUUGACUACAUUUUGGAAGUCCAAAUUGCAGCCCCUUGAAAAGCAAGGGGGAAAUUGUGACCAUUACAGAACAUGUUUCUAGGACAGACUUGUCACCUGGAACAAUUCUUGAAUCAUCCAAUUUUUGAAAACUUAUGACAUUCAGUAGAGAAUGAGGAGUAAAGGAGCAUUUUGUGUUGUGUUUCUAUAUUUUGUUAAUUUAUUUUGAGGUAAAGUUGCAAGGCUCAUCUUAUUAAACUUUGAGUAAAAAAACAACAACCUCACGAUCUUGGGUUCAAAGCCUGGCAGGUUUUGAUUAAAACCAUAAAAGUUAAGCCUUGCAAUUGUCAUGCCCCGAGUCUUUCACUGACCUCGGUUGGACCAUCAAUAGUUGUUGUUACACUGACAAAAUUGAAUGACAAAGGAAAAACAAUUAUAUUUACACGAAAAUGUACACAUUUAUUUACAAUGAAUUCACAAAAAUGGUAAAAUUAACGAUGUCUUAAUGAAAUAAUUUUAAACAGUGGUUUCCGGUGGUACAAUC